AUGUUCAUCGAUGAAACCGCCGAGUUGACAGCAAUCUACGAUCAGGAUCAUAAUCGAGGCGACGAAGACGAAGACGAAGAACUGGAUCUCGACCCUGAUGUUAGGCCUGCAUCCUCUUACCAAGGUGACGAACAGAUUGACCGAAAUACUUUCGUCUCCGCCUUCCAACAGCCGUCUUCGCUCUCGUAUGAACCUGGCGAUGUUGGGUCAAACACCCCCGACCAAGGGGUCUCGAAUACGCCACAACUGCCUGUCGAGGACUGGCAAAGGGGACCUGGAACAGGAAGUGUGGUCGACCCUUCGACGCAAGAACAGACCAGUUCGGUCCACGACUUUUGGGAAUCUCAUGGCCCGAUGCCUAUUCUAUCUCCAAUUCAAAGCAGGAUAACGGAUAUCGAAAUACCUACUUCCCCUUUUCUCGAUGGCCUCGUCAAGAAGCCAUCAUCGACGCAACCCAUCCACACUGCCCUGGAGGUGCUACUGCUUCGGUACUUUGUCGAUGUUCUUGCGCGCUGGUUUGAUCUCUGUGAUCCCGAGAAGCAUUUCGAGUUGAUCGUCCCGCAAAGAGCGCGGUCUUGUCCUUCCCUGAGAAAUGCCGUGCUCGCUGCAUCGGCGAGGCAUCUCACUCGCACCCAGCAGAAUGCGGAGGGUGGGCUGGACAACGUGUACUACUACCAGGGCCGUCUUGUUACGGACCUGAAUGAAGAAACGGCGCUUCGCUACCACACCGAGUGCAUCCAGGAUCUUCUCCACCGCAGUCUCGAUCCACAGCAGACCCGAGACGAGAACCUGCUCGCUGCAGCCAUCAUUCUGAGGUUCUACGAGGAAAUAGACGCACCUCUCCGUGACGACGACCGGGACAGUGAGCUGUUCCUGCGCGUGAUCAACGUCUUUAUCGACGCUCAAAUCCCCAGCGUGCCACUCGUGCCACACAGUUCGCCUAUUAUCAAUGGACUCAAGGUCGGGAGUGCAGACGCUGCUCGCUACGCACCCAUGCCAUCAUCACCUGGAGAGGCGGUGCAUUCACCCACCACGUCCGAAACCACAUCUUACUCACUAGGCAUGCUCGGUGGCUCUGUCGAAGCACCCCCAGCCCGCUGGCGAACGGACGGGCUCUGCCAGGCAGGCUUCUGGGUCGCGUUCCGGCAAGAAAUUUAUUCGGCCUUCCUGAAACAGCGGCCUCUCAACCACGACCUUGCUCGGUGCGAGGCGUUCCGCUCUUUUACCCCGGCCGAGGACGCCGUCUGGGCUGACCGAUUGAUCAUCUUCUGCGCCGACGUUUUGGAGUACUGCUAUGGAAACAGUAGCAACAGCAACCCCAACACCACCACCAACACCACCACCGGCAGCGUCCCCGCCGGCACGGCGACACGGCCCAGACACAAUUCAGCCUCGUCGUCUUCCAUGCCACUGUCGACGUCUGUGUCGGCCAAAGAGCACUGGCUGACGCUCAAGCAACAAGAAACCAUGUGGGCGCAAGUCUUGCCCUCGAGCUUCGAGCCCAUCUAUUUCCGCGACCCGGACCGGACGCGUGGCGAAGUCUUCCCCAUGAUCUGCUACCUAUCCGACUGCCACGUCGCGGGCGUGCAGCAUGUCGAGCUGGCCAAAAUCCUCCUCGCCGUCUAUGAUCCGAGCCGCGCCCGCCUGGGUCCCGGCCACGUCGCCAACAUGCGCGCCCUAAGUCGUGAGCUGCGCCACAUCGUGCUGCGUCUCUGUGGCAUCGCCAUGAGCAACCGCAACAGCCCGCCGGCCUUGCUUACCGCCUUUCUGGCCAUCGUGGUGUGCGGCGACUAUUUCGAAGAUCCGCUCGAGCAGCACGCCCUGUUGGGCCUCAUGGACGAGCUGGAAGGCGUGUAUGCCUGGCCCGUGGGCAAUACGAGGACCUUGUUGAGGGAGGCUUGGGGCAUGGCUUGA